AUGAUUAUUCCUGAAAAAUUUAGUGGUUUAGAUCUCUCAAGUAUUAAACCAAUAAUGAAUCAGAAUUUGAUUGUAGUAAACAAAUACAAUUAUCGUAUUUACUCUAUUCCUGAUUUGAAAUACAUAUUAGAUGGCAUUAUAUUUAAUAAAAAAAUAAGAGCAAUUUAUUGCUAAAAUGAAUUCAUGUAUGUAGGAUGUGGAAAGAAAGUUUAUACAAUUAAAAGAAAUGUAAUAGAUGAAAAGGAAUACGAUGAUAAAAUUGAAUAAAUCUUAGUAUUUCAUCCAAUCAAGAUAAUAGCCACAAAACAUAAAUUACAUAUAAAUGAUAAUGUGAUGAACUUUUAAGGUAUUAAAGGUAUUCUUCACAUUCCCACAUAUUUAAAUAAAAUACUUUUGUACACUUCACAAUACAUCAAAAUAAUUAACAUCAUUUCUCUUAGUAUAGUAACAACAAUAUUUUAAUAAUCCAUUUUCAAUAAAUAAGAAUAAACAAUUCAUUUAGUAAAAGAAACUUAAGCAUUAGAUAUAGUAGCUAUAGCAACUUAAAAUCCAAGUGAAAUUAUAUUUUUUAAUCUAUUGACAUACGAAAUAAUUGCUAAAUAUGAAUUAGGAUUAUCAUAAAUUAAAGAUAUACAAUUUAAUAAAUCUGGAAGUAUUCCUAUUAUGAGUGUUGUCUAAGAUAAAUCAUUAAUUUUAUAUAAUCUAAACUCUUAAGAAUUAAUAUAUACAUUUAAGCAUGAAUACUUAAUUGAUUGGGUUUUGUUUUUAGCAAAUAAUACUUUAGUGAUAGGUUCUUAAUAAGGAAAUAGUAUAUAAUAAUAUACAAUUGAAGAACAUAAAAUGAUGUAAUUAAUUAGAGAAAGAUAAGGAGUUAAAUAAAAUAUUGAAUAAUGUCAUUUUUAUGGUUAAUUAGGAGAACCAUAAAUUAAUUAUGUUGCUAUAACUAAAGAUGAAAUACUUUAUUAAUCUAUUGUAAACCAAAAUCUUACAGCUAUCAAACAAGGAUAAAUUAAGAAUUUUUCAUUUUCUACUUUAAGAGAAAAUGAUUGGGCUAAUAUGUUAACAACAAAUAAUUCAAAUUAUGUUGAAUUUUGGAAUAUUUAUUAAAAAAAAUUAACUACAAAAGUAAAUGGAUUAAAUAGUCAUGAAAGAAUAUAAUAAACUUUUGUUUCAAAAUGUGGAAAUUAUGGAUUUAUUGCAAAUCUAAAUAAAAUUCAUAAAUUUAUUAUGUAAAGUGGAUUUUUUUAAAUGUCAUAUGUAAAUUAAAUUGUAAUAAUAUUAGAAUCUAUAAUCCAAUUUCUUAUAAAUGUAUAUAGAUCCAUCUAAUAUAUUUUUAAUUGUUGCUGAGGAAGGUCAAAUUGAAUAAUUAGAUUUUGUUUCUGGUUAAAAUUUAAAAACCUUAAUUAUUGAAUCAAAUGUUUCUAAGUUUAUUGGAUCACUAUCAGCUUAAAUUGCUGUUGUAUCCUUGUAAAAUCAUAAGAUUUUAGCUAUUGAUUAUUCAACCAUGAGAAUUAUUAGAUCAUUUGAAGGUCAUAACGAAAAAGUAAAUUAAUAUAUAUAAUCAAUAGAUAUUGGAUAUGGCUAUGACAAUUGAUAAUUAACAUUUCAUUUCAACAUCUCUUGAUAAGAAAAUUAAAAUUUGGAAUUUAAUAUAUGGUAAUUUGGUUUAAGAAAUUUCUAUCAAUAAAGCUCUUAUUUCAAUAGAUAUUUCAGAAAAUCAAUUAAUUGGAGUAUUUCUAAAUUCUAGAUAAAUCAAUGUUUGGAUGAGUUAUUUAAAUAAUCCAUAACAAAUAGCAAAAGCUAAAUUGAAAUGUGAUAUUAAUUUUCAUUCUGAUCUUUCAAUUAAAUCUAAGGAUUAUAGAUCUAUCUUAUAUGGUAAUCAAAUUAAUUAGGUUUAAAAGAUGGAAGAGGAAAAAGAUGCUAAAGAUAAAUUGAUAAUUAAGGAUACUUCUAAUAAUAAGGACUUUAUAAGUUUUACAAAUUUAGAAGAAGGAAGAUGGGUUCCUAUAUAAAAUAUUGAUUAAAUUAGAGAAAGAAAUAGAGUUAAACUUGCUGAUGCAGAUGUUAAAAUGCCAUUCUUUUUGGAUUUUAGAAAUACUGAUGUUGAAAAAUAAAAUAUUUUAAAUGAAAUAAAAGAAUAAGUAAAGGAAAAAACUAAAAUUUUAAAAUAAAAAAAAGAUCAUUAUUUAGCUGAAUUAAAAUCAGAAUUUGAAGUCUUAGUUGAAUAAGAGGAUGUUUAAUUAAUUAAUUUGAUUAAAAAAUUAAGUCCUUCUUCAUAUGAUUAUGAAUUAAGAAGUAUUUUGAUGGGUAAACCACAAAAUUAAAUUAAAAUUUUUAGAAUAUUUGAAGAAAGCCUUCAAAAUACAAUUGAUUUAGAUUUAAAAGUUACAUAUUUGAUGAGAUUUAUAGAAGUAAUUUAAUAUUAAAUAUUUAUUAGGUAGCAAGAGAAGAUAUAGAUUUAUCAAUGGAUGAAGAACUAAAAAAAACCUUGUUGAAGAUAGUAUAAAUCUUAGAAUAGUAAUGGGAUAAAUUAGAUGAUACAAGAUCCUAUAUUGAGUGCGUUAUUGAUUAUUCUAAAACUAUAAUUUGAU